GUAUCUCGACACUCUGUUUCCAGUUAGCUAUGUCCAAAUCCUUGACCCCUUGAAAUCGAAGAUUUAAGUGAUGGCGGGUUUUGCUGUCUGUAUUUAUUUAUAUUUGUGUAUUGAUUUUCGAUUUCGAUGGUCUUUCUUUUUCUUCUUGCUUGGCGAGUUUAGUAGCUCACUAUAGGAGCGCUGGUCUACUUUCCGCCCCUGGUGAUGUUAAUCAGCAUUGUCAAGCUGAGUAGUGUGCGCGUUCUGCGGGUAUUCUGUUGAUUGAGCUUGCAACAGUAUGGGGAUUAUUUGGUAGUCUAUCAUGUUUUGAGCAUAAUCGAACAUCUGUGAGCCACUUUUGUUGAUGUUUCAGUGUGCUUAAUCCUUUUGAAAGAUACAGUCAUUCUAGGUACCCAUCUUCCAUUCAUUCAUGAUUUUAUCUCGAGUUUAAAUUCUCGGUCUCGUAGAUGCAUGUUAAUCACGGGUUUAGCACGAAAUUUCUUGACCGUCACUGAAACGAAAGUGGGACUGUUUGAUUGUUUGACAUCUUGCUCGAUGAGCUGCAAAUUCACCUCUACUUUAUUUGUGCUACUCAACCUUCCCAUUCGAUCGCGCUGGAGCUGAGCAAGGAGGGUCACUAUCUAUCAUUCUAGGAUCUUCAUCUCCGCUUGAGUCAUGGACGAUGUGUAUCUUAAAGAUGAAAAACCAGUCAGUAACACUGUCUCUUUUGUCAAGGGGAUUAAUGCUCUGGCUGUGUUGCUUGCGAUAGCCCUUCUAUCACUAGGUAUAUGGCUAGCAACGAGGCCUGGCGAUUGUGAGAAGUACGCGACGGUACCAGUAUUUCUUGCUGGCGCUUUCUUUUUACUUGUAGCGGUGCUGGGUCUUUUCGGCUCCUGGUUUGCAAUUAUACCUAUCUUGUAUACCUAUCUGGUGUUGACGUUUGCGACGCUUAUCGGGUUUCUAAUUUUGACAAUAUUCAUAUUUGCUGUAACGAGCAAAGGAGGUGGCUAUGCAGUUGCUGGUCAAACCUUUCAAGAGUAUAAAGUGAGCGAUUACUCAAACUACGUUCAAGAUAGGCUUAACAGGGUUUCAAACUGGAAUCACAUCAAGGCUGUCAUUGCUGCAAGCGACAGCUGUGCAAAAUUUGAUCAAAUCUCGCCUGUAGAUUAUCCUUACUCGAACUUGGAUCCGAUACAAUCUGGUUGCUGUCGACCUCCUGCAGAAUGUGGAUACGCCAUGUCUGGUCGUGGUACUUUCACUACAACGUCAGUGCCUUUGUCUGCUAAUCCGGAUUGUCAAAGAUACUCGAACGAUGCGUCGAUAAAAUGUUACGACUGUGAUUCUUGCAAGGGUGGAGUGGCGCAAGAUUUAAAGAAAACUGGGCGAGUUGCAGGCAUUAUUACUCUUGUCAUUUUUUUCGCUUUGGUUGCGAUUUUGGUAGUGGCUUGUUCCGUGGGACAUCGAUUUGCACGGGAAAAUUUUCAUAGAGUAUAACAUUUGGAGAACUCAUGUGCUCAUCACCUGAAAAUUUUAACAUAUGCACAAAAAGUGACCUUGUAUUUGUCUUACGUCUGAGCUUAUUUGUGCUUACUAAAUCUAGGAACGAGUUCUGUCAAGUUUUUGAAGUCAGAUCAUCGUCUACAUCUUCAAGACUAUUUCUGGUGUAACCUACAAUUGGCUCCUAGUCGCAAUGUGGUUGGCAUGGCUGGUCCAGUCAAAUGUAGACGUUGAAGUUCUAGCUCGACAAAAUUAGUUUUCAGUUGAUUUAAGAGAGCUUUCCCAGUUCAUAUAUCGUAGUGAGGUAAUUGUUGGAUUUAAAUGUUCUCAAGGGGCAUGAGUGAUCUUCCCCAUCCUGUACAAUGCAACCGGAUUACAGAAUACACGAACCGUUUUUGUGAUUUUGCAUUA